AUGGUAAAAGUACGCCUUAGUUUGUUGUUAUUUUUGCUCAAAAUAUUGUUGGUUGCAUCGGAAUGGAUGAGCUCGAACCCCACUGAUUUUAAUAUUGGUGGUGUUCUGAGUAGCAAUGAUAGCGAGAGGUAUUUUAAGGAGACCAUCGAUCACUUGAAUUUUGAUAGUCAGUACGUUCCAAAAGGGGUUACAUACUAUCAUACCGCAAUUUUAAUGGACCCGAAUCCUAUCAGAACUGCUUUAAAUGUUUGUAAGCAUUUGAUUUCCAGCCAGGUAUAUGCAGUUGUGGUGUCCCACCCUCUAAAAGGGGACCUAUCCCCUGCUGCAGUUUCAUACACAAGCGGUUUUUACCAUAUCCCAGUAAUCGGAAUAUCAUCAAGAGAUUCUGCUUUUUCCGACAAGAAUAUUCAUGUAUCUUUUUUGAGAACCGUGCCUCCUUACUCACACCAAGCAGACGUUUGGGUGGAAAUGUUAAAAUAUUUUAACUACAAAAAAGUGAUUUUCAUACACAGCUCCGAUACCGAUGGAAGGGCUUUACUGGGACGAUUCCAAACCACGUCGCAAAGUUUGGAGGAUGAUAUCGAUAUCAAAGUACAGGUGGAGUCCAUAAUUGAAUUCGAAACUGGGCUUGAAAACUUUGAGAAACAGCUGAGUGAGAUGAAGAACGCUCAAGCCAGAGUCUAUCUAUUAUAUGCUGGCAAAAAUGAUGCCGGUGUAAUCUUCAGAGAUGCCGCUGCAUUAAAUAUGACACAUGCUGGAUACGCCUGGAUCGUAACAGAGCAAGCAUUGGAUGCAGAUAAUGUCCCUGAAGGUAUAAUAGGUUUAAAACUAGUAAACUCCACAAACGAAAAAGCCCAUAUCAGAGACAGCAUAUACGUUUUGGCAUCAGCCCUAAGAGAAAUGAAUCAAUCCAAGGAGAUAACCCAAGCACCGAAAGAUUGCGACAAUUCUGGAUCUAUAUGGGAAACCGGGAGAGAGUUAUUCAACUUUGUGAAAUCACAGGUUCUGUUAAAUGGUGAAACUGGAAAGGUGGCUUUUGAUGAUCAAGGUGAUCGAAUCAAUGCUGAAUAUAAUAUUGUGAAUGUGCAGAGGAAGAAGAAAAUGGUUGUCACUGGGAAAUUCUUUUACAAUAGGAACAACAGCAGGAUGCAUCUGACAGUAGACGAAAAGAGCAUAAUAUGGCCUGGAAGACAAACCACCAAACCAGAAGGUUUCAUGAUACCAACACAUUUAAAAGUCCUGACGAUAGAAGAAAAACCCUUUGUUUAUGUAAGGAAAUUGUCGGAAAAUGAUAAUUGCACCUCUGAGGAAAUACCUUGCCCUCAUUUUAACGCCACAAACGAAGUGGAUGCAAAUUACUGCUGCAAAGGCUACUGCAUGGAUCUCCUUAAGGAACUUUCAGCGAAAAUCAACUUCACAUACAGUCUGGCUCUAUCGCCUGACGGUCAGUUCGGGAACUACAUCAUUAAAAACUACACCACAGGAGGGAAAAAAGAAUGGACGGGCCUUAUAGGCGAACUAGUAGGUGAAAGAGCUGACAUGAUUGUGGCGCCUCUAACUAUUAACCCUGAAAGAGCCGAGUUCAUAGAGUUCAGUAAACCUUUUAAGUAUCAGGGGAUUACGAUUCUAGAAAAGAAACCUUCAAGAUCAUCCACCUUGGUUUCUUUCUUGCAACCUUUCAGCAAUACCUUGUGGAUUCUGGUUAUGGUCUCAGUACACGUCGUAGCUUUAGUGCUAUAUCUUCUGGAUAGAUUCUCGCCUUUUGGUAGGUUUAAGCUGGCCAAUACAGACGGUACAGAGGAGGACGCUCUUAACCUGUCGAGUGCCAUUUGGUUUGCUUGGGGUGUUCUAUUAAACAGCGGUAUAGGUGAAGGUACGCCUAGGAGUUUCUCUGCAAGAGUUUUGGGCAUGGUUUGGGCAGGAUUUGCUAUGAUAAUCGUGGCCUCGUAUACUGCCAACUUGGCUGCUUUCCUCGUGUUGGAAAGACCCAAAACCAAACUUACUGGAAUCAACGAUGCCAGGUUGAGGAACACGAUGGAGAAUUUGACUUGCGCUACAGUUAAAGGUUCUUCAGUUGAUAUGUACUUUAGAAGACAAGUUGAGCUGUCUAAUAUGUACAGAACUAUGGAAGCAAAUAACUAUGAUACUGCGGAAGCAGCUAUAAAUGAUGUUAAACACGGAAAACUGAUGGCUUUUAUAUGGGACAGCUCCCGCUUGGAAUUCGAAGCUGCUCAGGACUGCGAAUUGGUAACAGCUGGUGAACUUUUCGGUAGAUCUGGUUACGGUAUAGGCUUACAAAAAGGUUCACCUUGGUCUGACGACGUAACACUGGCUAUAUUGGACUUCCACGAAAGUGGUUUUAUGGAAGGAUUGGAUAAUAAAUGGAUACUUCAAGGGAAUUUACAGCAGUGCGAGCAGUUCGAGAAAACUCCAAACACGUUAGGGUUGAAAAACAUGGCGGGGGUGUUCAUAUUAGUUGGAGCAGGCAUCAUAGGUGGCAUAGGGUUGAUCGUCAUCGAGAUGGCUUAUAAAAAACACCAGAUUAAAAAGCAAAAACGCAUGGAAUUGGCCAGGCAUGCUGCUGACAAAUGGAGGGGAGCUGUUGAGAAACGAAAAGCACUAAGAGCUAACACCAUGCCCCAAAGAAGAAUAAAAUCGAACGGAGUGAACGACCCAGCUACGAUAUCAUUGGUCGUAGAUAAAUUCCAGAGGAUCCAGGGCCCCCCUGAGAGGGCGUGGCCAGGGGACAGCGACAUAAGGCUAAGAAGACUCGACGAGCAAGGAGGGGGGGUACAACCCGUACCAAGAUAUCUGCCGGGGUACACAGGCGAUGUGUCACAUUUGAUUGUUUAA